AUGUCUGCAUCUUCCCCUCCACCUCUUGCGAACGCCAUCGUGGACGAACCGGAUAGGGAUACACCGGAUGCCAUCGUGGGCAUAGAUCUUGGGAUGACUACAACCAAAGUCACGAUACGUUACCUCGCCCCGGGACGGCCCAAGAGGCAGCAAAUACCCGUCACGUUCCUUCACAACACAGAAUGGACCCCUACUGCCGUCUCCUGCGGAGUGGGCCAGCGGGGACAGGACGACCAAGUCCUCAAAACGGGCCAUGAGGCGUUGCGGGGCAAGUUGACUGAAGGUGUCAACGUAUAUGAGUGUUUCAAGCUCGACGCAUUGAGAAACCCACGCGCGCGCAUAGCUUCCUCCAACGGCAAAUGCGAGACAGAGGGCGGGAAGUUGGUGUUGGACUUCCUCAUAGCUUUGAGGAAGCCCUUGAUCGACUUCUUCGACCGCCAGCGAGACGAGGAGGAAGUCCCUGCUUGGCAGCAUGCCAAAAUUCACAUCACUCUCAGCAUCCCUGGCAUCGUGGGAGACGCCGGACGCGAGACCCUCUACGCCCUUGCAAAGCAGGCCUUCCACCGGCCAAAUGUUGCAGUCUGGCCAGUGGCUCUUAGUGAGCCAGAGGUGGCCGGCUACAGCGUUGCCGAAACGAUAAAGGAGCAGGUUCCGAACCUCCCCAAACGGAGCACCCUACUCGUCGCGGACCUGGGAGGGGGAACAUGCGAUCUGGCUCUCGUCCAGGUGCACAAGAACAAGCCCGUCCUCGGAAAGGCAUUCAUCAAGCCUGUCUCAAGCAUGUUCAGAGGCGGGUCUCACAUUGACAAAAAGCUACAAGGCCUUGUCACAGAGACGUUCCAGCGAGCUGCUCCUUCUUUGAAAGGAGCCAUCACCCCGGCGGGCGCAGCUCAUGCUGUCUUCUCUGACCCCAAGUUCUGGGACUACAAGGCAGAAUUCUCAAAGGGGGGAGAAACUGUGUUGUACAACAUCAGGCAUCUUGCCGAGCAAACCAAUGUCCCCGAGAUUGGAGGUAUCGGAAUCCAGGGGGAGUUUCUCGUCGUGAAGUGGGAGGCUCUGAAGCCGCUUUUCGAUGCGCAGAUCUACGGCUCUCCGGGACAGCCAGCUAUCGUCGAGCACCUUCUCGACAUGCGUGACGAUGUUUACGUCGGAUCUCACCUGGCCAAUGAGGCCAAGCUGGGCGCGGGGAUCGACUGCUUCGUCUUCGUCGGGGGCUUUGGCUCCUCCGAGCACGUGCAGCGCGAGAUUAAAACAGCGCUUGCCGCGGGCGCCAGCCCGGCAUCCAGGGCGACUCUCGAGGUUACAAGGCGGACAAAGUUUGUCCCUGUCCACAAGCCUCAGAUGGCGGUUGCCCACGGCCUCGUCGAAGCUCACCACCUGGAGAAUUCGACUGGAAGGCGCCUGUUCGUCGCAAACCGCCACCACCGCUUCCUUGCUUCAUCGCCCAGCAACGAGAGCGGCGAGAGCCUCUUCGGGCAGAAAGGCUGGGGAGAUCGAGGUCUGGCCCAUAAGAGCCUCCGAACCGAGGUGACGACCCCCUGUCUCGCCAUCGGCCGGGGCGGCGACGAAGCCAGGCGCAGGCGCAGCGCCGGGAUACUCCGGUGCGCGCGGCGCUACACGUUCUUGUCCGGUAGCAAGUUCGCGACGGGCGACGCCAGCCCCAUGGUUCGCGCCAUAUCGCCCGCAAUCCUCGAAGACACCAGCGCGCGCGCGGCGUCAUGGUCCCGGCGGACAUGCUGGCCAUCACGGCCAACUGCUGCCGCUACAACAGCAACAACCGCCUCAGCGCGAGCGCGCUCGGUCCCGGCCGUGAGCCUCAGCGUCGCGAUCCUGACGCUGGCGCUGGUGAGCGGCGACAUCCUGCGCUACGAUGCCGCCUGCUGCGAGGCGACGACGGCGGCGCAGGCGGAGACUCCCGUGUUUCCUUUGCCUCUAUGGCCGGCGGGCACCGACGACGAGCACACGGACCGGGGCGCCACGUUGUCGGGGAGGAACACAUGGGUCACAUCUGUCGAAGUCCGCUGCGAUCCUCGCGCCCAGCAGAUCACUCCGCGCAAGUGA